ACACACAUUGUUUAUCAUUGAAUAUAAUAUUGAUAUAACUAAUAGUCUUUCAUUAAUUUAACAACAAUUAUUGUUUCAAUUAUUAUCAUCACAUUUGUUAGUUGACAAUCACUUGAGUUGACAUCUAAGACAAUGGUCAGGACAUACGAUACGGAAGAAGACGUGAAAGGCGACGGCCGGUCGUGUAGUGCCAUACGUGAAGAUCUUAAGUAUUGCAUUAAUGUUACCGAUUGUGUCCGUAAGGAGCGCAAAACUCCGCGACAAUGUUUUCUUGAACAUCACCCGUCUAUUCCCGAUGAAUGUCACCAAUUGAAACAAUUGCUGUUUGAUUGCAAACGAAGUCUGGUUGACUUCAGGACCCGAUUCAGGGGUCGCAAAGGAUAUUCAGGGAUUGAUAUUUAA